UAUUAUUCGAUCAUUAUUCUCUAGUGUGUUUACCAUGAAUUAUAUAAAAUUUCUGAUAGUGGCAUUUAUUUCCACGGUUUCUGCAAAUAACAAUUGCACAAUCACCGAAUUUGCCCAAGUAGCAGCAGUCGUUAAAGAAUGUUCCAAUAUAGUUAUUAACGAUCUGGUUGUUCCAGCAUAUUCGACUUUACUAUUAAAUUUGCAAAAUGGAUCAAGGGUAACUUUCACAGGAAACGUAUUGUUUGAGGUAGGGUAUUGGGAAGGUCCUCUUUUAGAAAUCUCUGGAGAUGGAGUUCAGGUUCAGGGUAAUGCAGGACACAUAAUAAACGCCCAAGGGGAGAAAUAUUGGGAUGGGCAAGGGGGUUCUGGUGGUGUAACUAAACCUAGAUUUGUAGUAAUAUCUACUACAGGGGGAUCUGUUUUGAGGAAUAUUUAUCUCCUGAACUGCGUAUAUUUUUGUGUCGGGAUUCAUGCUUCAGAUCUUACACUUUCUGGGUGGACCAUUGAUGCGGUUGCCGGAAAUACGAGAGGAGGCUUGAAUACGGAUGGAUUUGGCAUAGGAAAUGGUCAAAACAUUCUUAUUGAAAACUCAGUAAUAAUGAACCAGGAUGAUUGUGUAGUUGUCAACUCAGGAUCUGAUAUGGUGUUCAGAAACUUGGAAUGUUACGGCAGUCAUGGAUUAAGCUUUUCCAUUGGAGAUAGCCAUAAUGACGAUGCCGCAGCGAAUACCAUAAGAAAUAUAACUUUUUCGGACUGCCUCGUAGCAAACGGUCUGUAUGGAAUUCAUGUGAAAACGAAAAAAGGGACAGGGGUACUAACGGAUGUAACAUAUGAGAAUAUCAGAUUAUCAGGUAGCAUUCUAAACGCUCAAGGUGAAAAAUAUUGGGAUGGACAUGGCGGUUCGGGUGGAGUGACUAAGCCAAGAUUUGUGCAAAUAUCAACUACUGGAGGGUCCGUCUUUAAAAAUAUUCACUUAAAAAAUUGUGCCCUGUUUUGUGUUGGAAUACGAGCCAGCGAUUUAACAAUCAGCGGCUGGAAUAUUGAUAGUCAUGAGGGAAGAAAAAAAGGUAAAAACACAGACGGUUUCGGUAUAGCAGCUGGUAAUAAUAUCCAUAUAGAAAACUCUUCGGUAGACAACCAAGAUGAUUGCAUAGUUGUAAAUGGUGGAACAAACAUGGUUUUCAACGGGAUUAAAUGCACCGGAAGCCAUGGUCUAAGCUUUUCCGCCGGCAGUAAUACUAAUGAUCACGCAAAAUAUGCAACUAUUAAUAACAUCACUUUUUCAAACUGUGAAUUGAAAGAUGGGGCCAUUGGUAUUCACGUCAAGACAAAAAGAGGAACUGGACUCAUAACGAAUGUUACAUAUGAUCAUAUAACAAUGACAGGAAUGCAGAAAGAUGGAAUUUACAUAAACCAGGAUUAUGGAGAUGUAGGAAAUACCACCCGUGAUUUUCAAAUUACCAACUUGAAAGUCUCUAACGUCGAAGGCUCGAUACAUGGAAAAGGAGCUAGAGCUGUUCACAUCGUGUGUAAUGAUAAAAAAUGUGCAAACUGGCAGUGGUCCAACAUUGAUAUUUCUGGCGGCGCUAAAGAUUAUUGUAAUUUUCACCCCACUGGAUUUGAUUGUUAAAAACAUGUAAAUCAUACUUUAUAAAUCAUAAAUUUAAAAAACUAUAUUGUUAGUCAUCAACAAUUAUACAAUGCAAAUAA